AUGCCUAUCGGAAAAUCGCGCGCUAGCAAGAGACCGUCUGGUGGUUCAUCUUCAUCUUCAUCAACAGCAACACUGCUGGUGUUAAUAUUUAUGUCCAUUUUCGGUAUUUGGAUGUUAACCUCUAGCUCCAUUGUUACACCACCUAGACAAAAGUCCAUUGCUCAUAAAGAAACUUCACAUUUUGAUAGCACUCAUCAUAACCCAAAUCUACCACAAAAGAUCCCUUCUGAUCAAACCGCUAUUGUUUUUGAAGACAUUCCAGGUGAUCUACCCGCUGACGCCUUAAAAGAGGAAGACGAACACAAUAAAGACGAGAGAGACACCAUACCAUUUAAACAACAUACCGAGAAAUUGAUAACAGCGAAGAAUGAUACCGAAAAAGGAGGAAAACAAGCAAAAGAUAAUGUUGACAUGUACAAAUGGGAGUUAUGCAAUGUUACCACUGGGAUGGACUACAUCCCUUGUUUGGAUAACGAGAUCGCGAUUAGUAAAUUACGCAGUAAGGGCCAUUAUGAGCAUCGAGAACGACAUUGUCCCGAAGAAGGUCCAACAUGUCUUGUUCCUCUUCCAGAGGGUUACAAGAAGCCUAUUCCAUGGCCUGCAAGCAGAAAUAAGAUAUGGUUCCAUAAUGUACCACACAAGGACUUAGCAAAAGUAAAAGGGCACCAAAAUUGGGUGAAAGCAACUGGUGAGUUCCUCACUUUCCCUGGAGGUGGAACUCAGUUUAUCCAUGGUGCUCUUCAUUAUAUUGAUUUUGUGCAACAGAUGGUGCCUGAAAUCGCGUGGGGAAAGCAUACUCGAGUAAUACUUGAUGUAGGUUGUGGAGUAGCGAGUUUUGGAGGGUUUUUGUUCGAUAAAAAUGUACUUACAAUGUCAUUUGCACCAAAAGAUGAACAUGAAGCUCAAGUUCAGUUUGCUCUAGAGAGAGGAAUUCCUGCGAUUUCUGCGGUUAUGGGCACGCAACGCCUUCCAUUUCCAUACAAUGUGUUUGAUCUUGUCCAUUGUGCUCGUUGUCGAGUACCAUGGCACAUAGAAGGUGGGAAGCUUCUUUUGGAACUCAAUCGCGUGCUUCGUCCAGGAGGUUAUUUUGUUUGGUCAGCUACACCUGUUUACAGGAAAGAGAAAGAGGAUGUCCAAAUAUGGAAAGAGAUGUCUGCGUUAACUGUGGCAAUGUGUUGGAAGCUUAUCAGUAUCAAGAAGGAUAAGCUAAAUCUAAUUGGUGUUGCGGUAUACCAAAAACCAAAUUCAAAUGAAUGUUAUAGUGAAAGAAAAAAACAAGAACCGCCAAUGUGUAAACUGGACGAUGACCCAAAUGCUUCAUGGUAUGUACCUUUGCAGAUAUGUAUGCAUAAAGUUCCAAGUAAAGAGACAGAAAGAGGUUCACAAUGGCCUGAAGUAUGGCCUGAGCGAGUUCUAAAGCCGCCAUACUGGUUAAACAAAAACCCUUUAGGGAUUUAUGGGAAACCUACACCAAAAGAUUUUGAAGCAGAUUAUGAAUAUUGGAAAAGGGUAGUUAGCAACACCUAUAUGCACGGCUUAGGAGUUAACUGGUCUAAUGUAAGAAAUGUGAUGGACAUGAGAGCGGUCUAUGGGGGGUUUGCUGCAGCUUUGAAGGAUAUGAAUCUAUGGGUGAUGAAUGUUGUGAACAUAGAUUCCCCUGAUACACUUCCGCUUUUAUACGAAAGGGGUCUUUUUGGGAUCUACCAUGACUGGUGUGAAUCUUUUAGCACAUAUCCUCGAACGUACGAUCUUCUUCAUGCGGAUCAUUUGUUUUCUAAGUUAAAAAAGAGAUGCAAGACCAUAGUUGUGAUCACAGAGGUAGAUAGAAUUGUGAGGCCAGGAGGGAAGCUGAUUAUAAGAGAUAAAUCCAACAUGAUAGAGGAAAUCAAGAACUUGUUGAAGUCGCUUCACUGGGAGAUUCUAUUAACUUUUUCGAAAAAUGAAGAACAAAUACUCAGCGCCCAUAAAUCAACCUGGCGACCGAAGACAUACACAACGCCUUCCUAA